CAAGCAAACACCAACUUCUAUUCCAUUCUACUCGCCUAUAAAUCGGACCUUCAUUCAUCUCCAUCCGAAUUGUUUCUAGCUUCUUUCAACUCUCUGCAAAUUCUUCACAAUUUUACAUAAAUUAUCAAUGGAUACAACUGUUUAUUUUGAAGAUCAAGUUUCAAUUUCAAUUGAAGAUGGUGAAGUUCUUAAGGCAGACUCUGAUUCCGAUUCCGAAUUGGCUGUUUCGAGUGAUCCGAGAUUUGGUAUCUUCUCCAGCGAUCGAUUGAUGUUUCAGAGACUUGAGGAAGGAAACAGCGAUUUUGAGGUUCUUAAGAGGAGUUUUAUCGGCGGAAUGAGGGAUUUCGGGAGGAAUAUUGAUGUGGUCGGGAUUCAUAAGAAGAAUUAUGGUUGGAGAGUAAUGGAUGAUGCUCGGAUGGAAGCGUUUAAGGUUUUUGCUAUGGCGGUUGCUAGUAGAAAUUGUGGAGAUGCGAACAUUAAGUAUGGUUGGUAUGGCGGAUCUCGUGAUGAGAUUCGUGAGAUUUUGUUGUAUGGAUUUCGUCGAUUUGAAAACAGAUCGUCGUCGUAUGGCCGUGGGGUUUAUCUCUCUCCGGCGAACCUUCCGAUGGAGAGUGCAAAAUCAUCGGUUGCUGAUUCGGAUGGCUUGCGGCAUGUGUUAUUGUGUCGAGUGAUUUUAGGAAACCCCGAAGAGAUUUCUUUGGGUUCACAAGAGGGCCAACCGAGUUCUAUGGAAUUCAAUUCGGGUGUCGAUAAUCUUUCGUCACCAAAGAAAUAUAUCAUUUGGGAACCUUAUAUGAACACUCAUAUCCUUCCAGCUUUCAUAGUCACCUUCCAUGCUGAUUCAUUAACAGGAGUUGGAUCCUUAAGAACACCAACAUCACCACAUAUGAGCAUCAAUGGUUUGAUGAGGCACCUCAAGAAUUAUUUGAGUUCUUCAAAGAUGAUGUUACUCAAGAGACACCAUCAUGAGUAUCAUAAAAAUAAUAUCUCAAGAUCAGUAUUCAUAAGAAACUUGAGGGCAAUCGCCGGAGAUGAUGUUCUAAGGGCGAUAGUUCAAGGCUUUAAAUGAAAAAAAAGCAGUUCGGUGUAGAAACGAAGGACGGUUGAGAGAGAGGACCUUGGAGCCAACUAUUUAUUUUCGACGUGAACAAAUUAGUUAUAUAUAGAAAGUAGAUUUUAGGAUUUGAGUUUUUUUCCCUUGUGUAUGUUUUUAGCAUUAAUUUGAAAUUGUUAAUAGAAACCCAAUAGAAUUUGUGAUCAGUUGAUGAAUUGGUGUCAAAAAUUAUAACCA